AUGGAACCGGGCCUGGCGACUCGGGGAGAUGUCAACCCUGUUGACAAGGCCCAGUACGGCUGGCCAUUUGAGUCUGAAGACCUGGAUGUGUUUCUGGAAGCCGCACCAGGAAGACAGGAUGUUGUCCUGUCCAAGCCGAAUGCAACCAAGGCCGAGGCGGUGUCGUCUGCGGAAGCACCCAUCAUCCACGUGUGUUUGGAUGGACGCUCGACCACCGCCCUGGUGGACACUGGUGCCUCCGUCACAGUCAUCAGUCAGGACCUUUGGACGAACAUUGGGUCGCCUGAACUGCGCCGACCGCGCACGGGACACGUGUCGGCUGAAAACACGCCCAUGCCCGUUCUUGGUGUGUGGACGGCGACUGUACGGCUUGCCUACCAGGACGCGACAUUCCCGGUGUGGGUCAUGCAGAACUCGGUGACCCCAUGCAUCCUAGACAUCAACAUCCUGCGCAGGAAGGUCCUUCUGAAGUUCGACCUCUUCGUCAAGACCUCCAAGGCACCAGGACGGACCGACUUGAUCGAGUGCCACAUCAACACGGCCGGGGCAAGCCCAAUCAAGUCGGCGCCGUUCCGGGUGACCCAGAAGGAAGGCGAGAUCAUGGAGGCCGAAAUCCGACAGUACCUGGAUCUCGGGCUGAUCAGGAAGUCUACAAGUCCAUGGGCCAGUCCUGUCCUAAUGAUCAGGAAGCCGGACGGGUCGAUACGCUUCUGUAUCGAUUACAGGAAGUUGAACGACGUCACGGCCAAGGACUGUUACCCGAUGCACAGGGUUGACGACCUCCUGGAUUUCCUCGGGAAAGCCAAAUACUUCUCGACCAUGGACGUAGCAUCCGGGUACUGGAACGUCAGGAUGGCGGAAGACAGCAUCGAGAAGACCGCGUUCACGUGCAAGCUCGGCCUUUACAGUGGGGUCCUCCAAGAUCACCUCUGGCGAACCUGCCUGGUGUACCUGGAUGACGUUAUCAUCUUCAGCAAAGACUUCGGCUCGCACCUGGUCCGCAUCCAACAAGUUCUGACCUGCCUCCAGGAUGCUGGUUUCAAGUUGAAGAUGUCCAAGUGCCAGUGGGGCAGGAACAGAGUGGCCUUCCUGGGACACAUUAUCACUCUUGGAGGGAUCCUGCUCAACCCGGAGAAGGUCAAGGCCGUCCUAAGGAUCCGGCCGCUCAAUAACGUGGCACAAGUACGAUCCUUCCUAGGCCUGACCGGAGGAAACUCGCGAGCCCUCCCAUCCUGGCACCCGGACUUCGACGUCCCGUUCACGAUCUUUGUGGACGCUUGCCCGAUCGCGCUGGGAGCCGUCCUAACGCAAGAACAGGAUGGCCGGCAACGGGUGAUAGCGUACGCCAGCCAGGCACUCGAUGCGUCCCAGCGCAAGUGGAUCGCCAAGAAGGACGGGACGUCGGAGAUCGAAUGCUACGGACUUGUGUGGGCAACGACCAAGUUCCGACCCUAA